AUGUCUGGCUUCUCGUUUUUCAUCACCAUUUUCCUGUGCUCCAUCGCCGACACGAACGCCUCCGGAAUCAUAGAGUUGCUCAUCUCCUCGCCACAAUCCGUGCUCAUCAAGUCCACGGCGUGUGCAAGUUUUAAAUGCCCGGUACACGAUGAGCUCUCCGUGCCGAGAAAUGUUGAAGGAGGAGUUCCACUGCGGAUCCACAUUGGUCAGUAUCGCGGAGAGGCUCGGCAGAACAUUGAUCUUCACUUUGAAAUCUUGGAGCCAAGUACGAAUGAAAUGCUCGCCCUCGAGCAACAUCGUGCUCCAUCCGACACAAAAUGGAACACCGGGUUGCCUAUCGUCAUCGAGACCACUCUGGGCUUCAACGUGACUGUUCAUCUGCGGAAUGUGUGCACCUCAAACUAUUACGGUAAGCGCUGCAAUCGGUAUUGUAUUCCGAGCCCGGCACUUCACUGGGAAUGCUCAACAAAUGGAGUGCGACAAUGUGCCGUUGGAUGGUAUGGAGACGACUGCUCUAGUAACAUCAAAUUUUGCUCUCAUCAAAACCCAUGUGCAAAUGGAGGUGUCUGCUCAACCGACUACAAAUGCCAAUGCCCAUCCGAGUUCCUCGGGCCUCGAUGCGAAACGCCAGUGAGCAAAGUGCAUUGCACAUUGGAGCGCGUUUGCAAGCAUGGAGGAACCUGUGUUUCCGUGAACAGGACGAAUGUACAAUGCAAGUGCAUUCGCGGGUUCUUAGGCUCACUCUGCGAGAUCGGUAUCCACGGGAAUUGCUCGGCAAUGAGAUGCUCUGUAGAUGAGACAUGUCAAAUCCGGGCCAGCUUUGCGGUCUGUGCGAAAAAGGAAAAGUCUGCUGAAACAGUCACAGGUACCGGACCUGAUGCGCUGCACUUUGCGAUGCUCGCUGUGAUUGGUGUAUUUGUCUGCGUUGCUGGUUUGGCCCUCGUCGCUUCCAAAUGCAAAAAAUCUGAAGCCGGCCCAAUUCUCCCGACGGUGGUUUACACAGCAUCUCCUAAUACCAGAUCUACGGUUUAUAAGGUUCUAUCCUGUCAUAACCUAGAUAACCCAAAAAAAUAA